CAAAGAAAAAAGAUAAAAAAAAAGAUGUCGACUUUUCUUUGGUCAAUUAGAUCCUGGAUCACAACUGGCCUCCUUCGAGUCGCAUUCACCAUCCCAUCCACACACAAUGCUAGGCUGAUUGUUCAUGUAUUAGCCAAGUUAUUCUUUGGCUACGAUAGUACUUGGGUAAAGACAGAAGAACAUGGCUUCUGGGUUGGAAGAGACAUUCGUGACAUGAAACGAGAAGAGCUAGAUGAUCGUUUGGAAAACAGUGCACGCGUAGUAUUCUGGGUACCAGGUGGUGGAUUCAGAUUUAAUCUCGGCCUGUUGUAUGUACCGACUUUUAUAAACUGGCUGACUGCACUUGAUGAUAAGGGACUUCCAUCAACUUUCUUUGUAGCAAAGUAUAGACAUGGACCACACCAUUUGUUUGAAGAUGUUAUCCAGGACCUUACUCAAGCAUACGACUGGCUCGUGUACACAAUGAAUGUCCCGGCUCACAAGAUUGUUUUGGGUGCAGACGAUGCUGGUGUCGCUGCUCUUGUGGAUACAUUGUUGAGCUGUACUCAACCUGAAGAUCGCCCAGAUGGAAUUGUGUGUGUAUCGCCUUACACUGGACUGGAGGCAGGAGGAAACUCAUGGCAAAACAAUGCUUCAUAUGAUUACAUUCGCCCUGUUGCAUUGGCUCGUAUGGAGGACAGCUAUCUUAUACCUGAAGACAUGCCCCAAGUCAAUUCAGAGACUGCCUUUAAGCUUUUUACGACAACACUUCCACUUGCCGAUGCUCUUCCUCACCGCAUGCUUAUUCUGGUCGGAGGUCACGAAGUUUUACUAGAUGAUGCAGGUCUAUUGGCAGAAAAGGCUCGUAAACACGGUCUUCAGGUCACUCUCGUCCAAGUACCUGAACAGGUCCAUCUGUGGCCAUUACUUGGAAAUAUUGUGGUUAAAGAUCCAGAAGUAAUUCAAAAGACUACUGAGCGAUUUGUCGACUUUGUUGGAUACAGCAGAAAGUCCUAGAUACACACACACACAUAUAUAGAAACCUUUCAAAAAAAAUGAAAAUAUAAAGUAAAUAACUAUCAUACAAAUGUAUAUAUAUUCACACAUAUAUCUAAAAGACCGCCCAAGUUUUUACACAGUGGGCCUUUUUAUUUUCAUUCGUUCAUUCGUUCAUUCUUUCUUUUUAACAACCAAUCAUGAUAGGUAACAAGAGUCUUUGGGGUAUAUAUAUAUAGAUGAAACUCUUGGAGUUAGUAUAAGUACAUACAGUCAACAUCUUGUUGAUUUCUUGGAACUAUAAUAGAGUUUUGAUUAUUACAAGGAUAAUAUCAAAACGUUUUACAUAUAACACCGAAUAUUGUUCGUAGCUCUUAAUAGUGAACAGUAUAGGAUCCAGAAAAACGCAAAUAAAUAUUUCC